AUGAUCCGCUCUUGUUUAGCUCAGCCGCCACCUGGGACUACCCUGGGUGGAUUACAACCCGAGGCUGAAGAGUCCAACUGUGCUUCGCGUGCCGGUUCAGAUUCAUGUAAACCGCCCGACCUGCGGAGGGUAGCGUCAGCUGCUGGUCGUCUAUCGGCAGCGGAGAUGUCGAGGAUAAGUAGAGCUUAUGAGGAUGCUGAUAGCGAAACUAAAGACGUCAAUGCCGGGGAGUAUCUCUUCCUUGGUGAGUAG